AGCGACUAUGAACCUGCCACCAAAAUUGGUUUGCUUGCCUAAGGAGCAAGCAUAUUUAAAAUUCAUGGUAUUACUGACAUAGCAUACAAGGAAAUAAGAUAAGAAUCAAUAAGAAAUCAAGUAAUAAAAGUAACUUGGGAAGUCCGUCAGAUUUUCUGGAACUUUAUUGCAACUAGAAAAAAAUGUUUAAAGCAUUGAAAAACAUUUUUCUAAAUAGCUUAAUUAUAACAAAGACUACUGGAACUAUACCGCCAUUGGAAUGCCCGGCAUCUUUGGUGACGCACCGUUUCCCAGACCCAGAUUACAGCCUACAAUACCGAACGACUAAUUUCCGAAAUCUUCCAGAUAGAACAAAAGAUGACGAUAAAGAGAGCCCUCCUAUUAACUUUUCUCAUAAUUCCGACUGUGGACGGCUAAAACAACAUGCUUCACCUUCUCCUUAUAUAGAUACGGACAAAAAGUACUUAGAACGGAAGUUGCAAAAGCAAUUCGUUCUACCAGUUUCUUUUCCACCUUAUGUAAAGAAAAAAGAAAAACAUGUCUCUGAAGAUCAAAAACGUGUUUCACCGAACGAUCUGCUUUCAUACUGCGUAGAAACUUCUAUAACAUCGCCGAAACACAGUCGAUAUAAUUUAGAACGUUUAUCAAAAUAUUUUCCAUAUCCACGUACAUUGGUUUCGUGCCCAGAAUCGUCCCCACGUAGGGCACAACCCCCUUUUCCGAAUGAUGAUCUUUCUAAAAAAUUGGAUGAGGCAGUGUACCCACCUAAUCCUCCUUGGCGAGCACCGAUAGUUCCGUGUCCUGCAAUGUAUACUCAACCGUAUGAUAUAUAUGAAAACCUGCGUUUACUUAAGUUACCGUCGUGCCCACCCUGUCCAUCAGACUGUCGAGAAGCGUGCCCACCACCACCUUUGCGUUCCGAAUGUUAUAUGCAGCCAUGUGAAAGUACUCUUCCGUCGAAAUCCUCUCCGCCACCCUUUGAGAGCCAUACAGAACCAGAACCAGGUAUUUAUACGUACUUGUGUCCGUGCUGUGGGUGCACAUGUACCGUUCAAUUUAACCUGCUACACAAUCAGCCACAUUCCCAGUACUACAAUCCUCCUGCUCCAGAAAUGUCCAACCACAAUCAACAACAUAUUUCUAGAUAGAAAACUCACCAAGUAUCUGGGUGACUUCCUGGGAUAUUUUUGUUAUUUUAUAGUCA